AUGACUAUCAUGAAAUAUCCAAAGAUAUGGUCGUCCCUGGCCGUGCUCCUGGCUGUCCAGGGCACCCACGCAGACCAGCAAGCUUUCCGCACCCCCAACAACCGAUUUCCUCUCGACGAGCUUGUGGUUGUUACACAUCAACCCUCAGGACAAGUCAAGUGUUGUCCCCCGGGCUUCGACUUUGACGGCAGCAAUUGUGUUCCUGGCGCUCCAAUCUGCCCGGAGAAUGCCGUCCUAAAAGGAGACAAGUGCAUCUCAACUUCCAAGCCAGUCUGCAGCGAAGGCAAGUGGAAUGGCUGGGCCUGCGUCACCAUUGAGUGUCCUACUUGUCCAGCAGAUUUCGUGCUCAAGGGCAGCACCUGCGUCACCACCACUGGGCCCUCUUGCUCAGGCACUGAAGAGGUCCGUGGCAAUGUCUGUGUCUCCAAGAAGCGGCCAAGCUGCCGCCACAGUGGCGCAACCUUUCAUGAGUCGAAGGGUUGUAUCAGCACCGCUAGCCCUGUGUGUCCCGACGGUUUCCGGUUCAAGGACAGUCAGUGUAUCUCAACCACUCCGCCCACAUGUGGAGAAGGGGCUCGCUUUGACACCGUCAUCAACCGAUGUGUUUCCGAGGAACCUCCCUCCUGUCCCGUGGCAGGAACCAAACCCAAGGGAAAGCUCUGCGUGUCCGAACUCAGUCCUGUCUGCCCGGAUGAUAGUUCAUUGAGCAAGGAGGGAUCCUGUAUUUCCAAAGGGAAGCCCCAGUGCCCAGACGAUGCCAAACUCGACGGUGGUAAAUGCUUCUCCACGGGAUCGCCUUCUUGCCCAACAGGCACCGACCUCUCCAUCGAUUCCUCAUCCAAGAGCGCGCUGCUGCCCCAAAGCGAUGACCUGGGAUGGCAAGAUGAGAAAUGUCCCCCUGGCACUACAUUGGUGGACGGUCGUUGCCGUAAGCAGGCUAUCCAAUUGCCAGAGUGUGCUCCGGGAUACAAGCUCGAGGGAAGCCGCUGCGUGUCACGUACGCCUCCGAGCUGCGCGCCGGGUCAUGUACGCAAGGAUGAUCAGUGUAUCGUCACCGAGAAGCCCUUGUGCGCCGAGGGCUUUGUCCUGACCGGCGCAGAGUGCGUUUCCACCAGGCCAUCAACAUGCCCAGAUGGCACUCAGCACGAUCAUGGUAUGUGUGUGGAUACUCGAGACCCGAUUUGCUUGGAUGGAACCACCUUGCAGGGCAAGGACUGUGUGCGUGGUGGUGUACAGGAGUGCGAAGAUGGAGUCUGGGAUGGUCAGGACUGCAUCACAUCCGACCGGCCCACUUGCGACGACGACUUCAGAUUUGACGGGAAGGAUUGUGUCUCGGAGGGUUUCCCCAAGUGCCCACCAGGAACCGUCCCUAAUGCCCAUGGAGAUUGCAUCUCCACUCAAGCCCCAGAAUGCCCUCCAGAGACCAUGCUUCUUGAUGGGGAAUGCGUCAGCGACGGCACCCCUGAAUGUCCCCCCGGCCAAACCUUCUCCGGUCAACAGUGUGUUCACAAUGGAACCCCGGGUUGUGCCGCGGGUUACAAGUUAGUCGGAGGCCAAUGUCUAGACACGAAGGUCGCCGGCUGCCCACCAGGCUACGCAGACCAGAAAGGCACAUGUAUAUCAACAGAAUUACCCGAAUGUGACGAGGGUACGACCUUCGACGGCAAAGCAUGCGUUGGAGAAAAGCCAAUCUGCCCACCAGGAACCAAGUUUGACGAUCAAGACUGCGCAUCAAUCAACGACCCCGAAUGCCCACCAGGCCUCAAGUUCAACGGACACAAGUGCAUAACAGAAGAAGAUCCCAGUUGUCCCCCUGAACAGAAACUCAACAAACAGACAAAGGAAUGCGAGCUCGAGGAAGGUCCCAGAUGUCCUCCCGGCCAGAAAUACAACGGCCAGCACUGCAUCCUAGGCUCGCACGACUGCCUAGAGUACGAAUUCUGCCCACCCAAAGCCCCCGGCCUUCCUCUCCCAGAAUUACCCUUCUGUCCCAUGAACGACGGCACAAUCCUGCAGUCCGGAUCUCGUGAUCAGACAUCCUUCAAGGUCCAUUGUGACACCUGUUACUUCUCCCAACCAGAUCUGGUCAAGUCUUUCGCAAACCUUGACAGCAUUGAUGCAUGUGUUCAGGUCUGCGCUGACACAUCGGAGACUGUUGGCUGUAACUGGUUCCCUGAGACAGGCACGUGCAGGAUUCAUCCAUACUCGACUACAGGACUUGAUCAGCUGAAGGAGUGCACUGCUCUCGAGCGUAUUCGCAUGCAGUGA